AGGGCGCCUGUGUCGCGGCGCGGACCACGUGCUACUACGGCCGAUAUUGCUGUCUUAUUUCCGCGUUCGAAACUACGUACGAUGUGAUGCGUGUACGGAAUACGAAUCCUCCGGUGUGAAUGUAAACGCGGCACUACUGUUGUGCGAUACCAAUUUUGUAUUGUUUACGGAUGCUCGUUAAAUUUACUUAUUGCGUUUCCGGACAAAGCUUUGAAGAUGGGUUAGUCGUAACUCGUAGGGUGGAUACACAAUAACAAAGACUGGCUAUACCCGAAAUGGAUUACAAAGAAGUGAGGAAAUGGUCUUAGUAGUAUUAGAGACUGUGGAGGUGUAAUAAAAGAGUCGGAAAGAUGGAUGACAGUUCUCCAGAUUUGUCGCUCAAGUUGCGGCGUGGGUCGAGCGAUUCCCGGGAGUCGUUUUAUAUGGACUUCGCUCAGGGCAUAGACUCUGAUAUAGAAGAGGUGACUACCAUUGAGCGGAUCAUUCCUGAACAUCCUGGUGGGAGGGCGGAGGGCGACGCGGAUACGCUGGCAACACCUUCCGGGCUCGAUGACAAGGAUUUGUCGCAAUGCUGCUACUCAAUACCGGCGAACAACAUGUCGGGAGGAUCUCACGUAUCGAGAGGAACGUAUGUAGACUCCGAGAUAUCAAGCAGUAGUGCUGCACCAUUGCCAAGUCCGGCGUCUGCAGGCGCAGCUCUGGUGUCUCCAGAGACUCUAAGCAGGCACAGUAGCCCUCCACCUAUACCGGCUCAUCCAGCUCAUCAACCUGCACCGUCAUGCUCGUCACAUCGAGUACAUUUGGAGUCACCAUUGAGGUUGUCCAGCCCCCCAUCCAUGACUCUGGGCGCAACGCUCUCUCUUCAGCCAAUGCUGUACGGCCCAGGCGGUGGUUCGGCACAGCCACCGCUCCCACCCAUCAGGCAUCAACGACCUUCUGCUGCUAUUCAGAACAUGUAUAUUAUUAGCGCUGGUGAUGCACUCGCGACGACUCUCUCAGCGCUGUAUGGAAAAUUAUUGGUUGUAAUGGGAGUCGCAUUUCCAAUGGCCGAAGUUAUUUCAACAUACAUUCCACCGUCGUUUUAUGAGGGGUUCUACUUAUACCUGUACAUCGGUAGUAUGGUGUUUCUGCUGUACAUGUAUGCAGCGCUGCUCCGAGACAGGUCCCGCUCUGCAGCUGACACCACAGUUGUUGCAAAAUCGGACACAAGUUCGUCGCAAUCGGAAUCGGAAUCCUGUUCCUCCCGCACGGAGCGGAGUACGACCACCACAACGCAUAUGCCGCCUCACCUGGCCGGAAAAAGACUGUCUCUUGGGUUCGCACUCACCUCACGGACUCAUCACUACGGUAGCUUCUACUUGAGGAUGGGUGCUGUUGCAUUUGGAAUCGGGUCUAUGAUCUAUUCGGGUCUGGAGUUUGGUCAGUACUGGGAACUGGAGAGAAACACCAACUGCCACAACGUUUUGCUUGCGUUGACACCGGCGACGAGAAUGGCGUUUAUCUUCAUACAGAUGUAUUUCAUCUUUCUCAACAAUGAGAUGAAAGUGUACAAGCAUAAGAUAGUUGCGCGAUUCGGGCUGAUGCACAUGGUGGGCACAAAUCUCAGCGUAUGGCUGAACGUGCUGGUCCAGGAGACAAAGCACGAGAUCCUCACCUUCUACGACCCGGAGAAUAAAACCAUCGGAAUUUCGCAUCGACUUGCAUUUCAAAAGGCUUUCGCUUCAUUAGAAACCGAGGUCCCUCCUUCGCAUCCAGCAGCAGCACAUCUACGUGUACCUCGGGGCCUCAAGGGCCCUCACCAUAUCUUCGAAUGCCGUCGAACAAACAUAAUGGGCUCGCUGGUUCAAGAUGCUUCGCCGUUUCUUUUCCCCUGCACUAUAGAAUACUCCCUAAUAUGCGCAGCAAUUCUUUACGUCAUGUGGAAAAACAUUUCAAAGUAUCCGUCUAAGAAUGUUGCAGAAGCCAUUGCUAAAGCCCGCCUUCUAGAAGGAUUGGCGUACAAGAAGUCUCCACAUCUAUACAGUGUGGAUUGCGCUAGAGCUCACAAAGGAUUAUUUUUUGGCAUCUUAGUCCUCGUUCUGACUAUUAUAUCACUUAUUUUAUUUUUCGUUUUAAUAUCGAGAAAAGAAUACGCUACUUUAGCAGUGGUAGAAGUGAACGUUUGCGAGUUAGCGCUUUAUGCAAUGACCACGUUCGCUAGUUUAGCGGGAAUGGUGUGCGUACGAAACCUUAAAUACGACGGGAACAGGAACCUAGAACUCGAUAACAUACUUCUUGUCGGUGCGCAGACUGGAAUGUUCAUUUAUGGAACGUUCACAAUAAUUGGCGGACAUUUCACCAUAGAAAAGAACACGAUACUCAUAUUGAUAACAGCUCUAUCAUCGUUGGUCCAAACGACUUGCCAAACAAUGUUCAUAUUGGACGCCAGUCGAAGGUCCGCUAAGACGCCGGAGCAAUUGAGGAAAAAGCCAGGCAGAGAGAUAGUCACGUUUCUCCUCGUGACUAACCUAGCGAUGUGGGCUAUCAAUACACUUGAGAAAUCUCGGGCGGAAUCGCAUCCUGUUCAGUUGCAUUUCUAUGGAUUAUGGGCUUGGACUAUCAUAACGCACGUCUCGAUGCCUCUCGCGAUAUUCUACCGGUUCCAUUCUACUGUCUGUUUGUGUGAGAUAUGGAAAAGGGCGUAUAAGAUGAAGCCCGCUUACAUGUAGCGAAUACCGCCAAACAUUGGGUAUGAAUCAUGUUACUUUUGAUCUGAACUAUGAUACUUUGAAAGUAAAUAUACUUGGAAUGUAGGAAAGUGGCGUAGAUAGAUGUUAGUGCCAUAAAUUAUAUAGAUAUCUUCAUAGGAAUCUAAACCCUAUCGUAUAGCUGCAUUUAAGAACCUACCAGCUUUAACAAUGAGAUGUUGACACACGAUAAACUUUCUUUGUUUCUUUAUCGAGUGCACUGUACACUUGUGAAUAUUGCUUGUAUUUGUUCUGAAGUUGACUGCUCUAAUGUUAAGUUAUUGUAUUUAGAUAUUUUAAUGUGUUAUUUAUUUGUAGCUUUAUAUGACGCUUUAACUAUCGUAGCGGAAAGCAUAAUAUGUUGAAUAAUUAAAUACAGUAUUUUUCAAGUAGACGGGUUGGAUUACGUUAAUUUUAGCGCUAAUAUUUUUGAUGUUACUUUUUUGUUCAACUGUAUUGUUAUGAUUAUAGUGAAAGAGUAAACUUCACGUGUUCAUUUUGUCAAUCCUGUUUAGAUUACUUAGAUAAGAAUAUUAUAGUUAGAAUAGUCAUAUAUCUUUAGAAAUUUGCAUCCACAUUCCACAUUUUGUUAUAAAAAAGCAAAAGAAAAUCAUCGAUAUCAUGUAUUCACGAUUCAAAAAAAGAGUCUUCCAAUAGAUUAUAUUUUAGAACUACCUUUGCAUAUUUUUAUCACAAUCCUUAUUUCAGUUUAGUUUGUGCCAUAAUAAUAAAGAACCUCGUAAUUUUACUUUAUUACAUUAAAAGAAGAAGCUAUGUAACGUCAAAUUAACGAGCAGAGAUAGGUACUAAAUAUUCUAACAAAGUGAGAAUUGAGAUCGUCCGUUAGAAAAGCAAAUGUAAAGUCAAAAAUGUUUAGCAACGGAGUUAUUUCUAAAAAAUAAUUCUAAUCAUGUUGCUUUAAUUUAUUACGGAAGUCAAAUUGACAGCGCGUCUAUCCGUAUGAGGGAAAGAGGUAGUUAUAGUACCUACCUAUUUACGUAGUUAUCAUCUCUCGUGGUAGUUAAUGAACUGUUUAAUGUUUUCUUCUGUGACUUUAACUCUACCAUUAGCAAACCAAAAAUAUAUUUGAAACGGCACAAGUGUUUUUAAUGAUCCUUAUUUAAUACAACGGGAACAAUAAUAUCGACCUAACAAUAUUUUUGAAGGUUUUUGAUUGUAGUAAAAGAAAAUACUAAUAAGACACUAAAAUAUGUACCGGUUAAUGCGUAUAGUCUGAUCAGAUAUUAGAGAUUUUGUAGCGAUAUUUUUGCGAUAUAAUGGAUGUAGUGUCAGUAUUUUGGAUAAACUUUUGAAAUUUUAGCAAUACCUUUUACUUACCAUGGACCCAGUAGUUAGGCAAAAUGAGACACCAAAGUUUUUAUAAUAUAAUUGGUAGGAAAUUUUCGGAGCUUAUUACGUAAUAGAACUGUCGAUGUGAAUGAUUUUUUUAACUUUUAGAAACAACAAUUUGAUAGCUGAUAGACUUAGUUGUUACGUCCAGUUUUUCUUUUACAACAUUUGCUGUGAUAGGCGAAUCUGGUAGUGUAGAGCGCUGUAUAUUUCUUCGUAGGAACGGUCGACAAAUAGUUAACAUCUUUCUAAUUCUAACUAAUAUAAAAUAAAAGUAUGAACAGUCGUAAAGCUAUACCUCCGGAUGCUUCGAUCGUAUAUGACUCCUAAUUAAAUAAAUUUAACGUUUUGACAGUUUUUUUUAAAUAAAGCUAUCAAACGUCGAGUUUAUUUUUCAUAAUGGAACUAAUGCUAAUUUGAAGAGUAAACAGUAAAAUUGGUAAUUGAAAAAUACUUAUGCCUACCGAUUCGUGUUAAGUUGAUCGCUCACCGACUGAUUGAUUUGCAAGAGAUUUUAGAAGUCGCAAGAAGUGAAUGAUGUCUGUAGAAUUGGGUAGUCGACAUGGACGCGUCUGUAGCGAAUGUCAUCCCAAUUUAUCCAGCGAGCCAUUGUAGUCGAAUACUGUUGCUGGUGUCAUUUGCAUAUUUGUUCGUAAUACUUAGCAAUACUCUUGCACCAUGAGGCUCUUGCGCCACAAAGCUCUUGGUCUCUUGCAGCUAUCCGCGUACAACUCUAUAUUUAUUGCUCAAAU